UCCCAGCAGUCUGGAAACUCACCCGUAAUGGCAUUCCUUUUUGACUCGCUCUGCAUCCUAAGUUUGUUGGGCACUACUCUGGCGUAUUGCCCCGACGGCUUUGUAGUUCUGGGCAACAAAUGCUAUUAUAUAUCGAUGAAGCUAGUGACAUGGCACAUAGCCGAGAAAAUAUGCCGAUCAGCAAAUUCUGAUAUGUUGGUAUAUUCCACCGAUCAGGAAAGGUCUCUUGUGAUGAGUUAUCUGAAAAAGCACACCAUUCCCAAUGAAUGCUGGACGAAAGGUGUCUGGACGGCUAUAAACAAAAUUGGAAAAAAACAAUUCGUUGUGCAUUCUUCCAAUACUACAAUACCGCUUUUGGUUUGGGGCAAGAAGAAACCUGGUAAGCCCGAGCAACAGUGUGUAGCUGCUUGCGAAGACUCCCCGCAUGGCAUAGUAUACCACGAUGUCAGAUGUGACGGCAAAUUUUGGGUAAUCUGCCAAACGGAUUUACCACAAAGUGACACUCAACCUAAGAGCGAUGCAACAGUCGUGCCCUGGCAGCCAAUUCUAAUAAUUUGCAUAUUAUUUAGAGCUAUGUGUUUCACAUUUUCCAGAAUCUAUUGUUGCGCCCAUCAAUUUAUAUGAAUAUUUGAGCU